AUGAUGCAAUCAACAUUGAAUAGAGUUGGUAGCAGAUGUUUAAAUAGCUAUGUUACCAAGGGUGGUUUGACCAGCAACUUGACAAAGUUGACAACAACUUCAACUUUAUCAAAGACCACAUCAUCAUCAUCUUCAUCUACUUCUACUUCUACUACUUCAUCAUCAUAUAAUUAUAAUAGAACAAUGAUGACAAUGUCAACAUCAAUGUUUAAUAAUAACUUUAAGAUUAUCGAUAGAUCAUAUGCAACUGCUCCAACUACACACGACAUUCAAAAGAUUAGAAACGUUGCUAUUAUUGCUCACGUCGAUCACGGAAAGACGAGUAUGGUCGAUCAGUUGUUGAGACAGAGCGGUACGCUCAAAGACACACAGAACGAGCGUGUCAUGGACAGCAACGCAUUGGAAAAGGAGAGAGGUAUUACGAUUAUGGCCAAGAACACGUCGCUCAACUUUAAAGACUACAAGUUGAAUAUUGUCGAUACACCAGGUCACGGUGAUUUCGGUGGUGAGGUGGAGCGUGUCCUCUCGAUGGUCGACGGUGUCGUGUUGCUCGUCGACGCGACAGAAGGUGUCAUGGCACAGACCAAGUUUGUGUUGUCCAAGGCGUUGGCAGCUGGCUUGCGUCCCAUCGUCGUCAUCAACAAGAUGGACAGAACCACGAUCCGUGUCGACGAGGUCGAGAAUGAGAUCUUUGACUUGUUUGCCACGCUGGGUGCCACCGACGACCAGAUGGGCUACCCCACACUCUACGCAUCCGCCCGUAUGGGCUGGGCCGUGCGUAGCCGUGGCGACGACCAAAAGGGCAUCACCCCGAUCCUCGACACCAUCAUCGAGUAUGUGCACGCCCCCAAGGUCGAGGUCGACAAGCCCUUCUCGAUGCUCGUCACCAACCUCGAGACCGACCCGUUCCUCGGCCGUAUCGUCACGGGCAAGCAACGUCUCAUCAAAGAGUUGGAAUCCAACGUCUCUAUGCAAGUCCAAUUCCAAGGUGAAGGUGCCUUUGAAGUCAAGGGUAGAGGUGAAUUGCAACUUGGUAUCCUCCUCGAAAACAUGCGUCGUGAAGGUUUUGAAGUCGCCGUCUCUCAACCACGUGUCGUCUUUAAAAAGGAACAAGAUGGCUCGAUCCUCGAACCACAAGAAGAAGUCAUCAUCGAUGUCGACGCUGAAUUCUCGGGUCUCAUCAUUGAAAAAAUGUCCAAACGUAAAGGUGAUCUCUUGGAAAUGAAACAAUCCAUGGGUAAAUCUAGAUUAGUCUUUUUAGUUCCAUCUCGUGGUCUUAUUGGUCUUCGUUCGGAACUUGUAAAUGAUACAAAGGGAACUGGUGUAUUUAAUCAUUUGUUCCAUAGUUAUAUUCCACACAAGGGUCCAAUGGGUAAUAAUGAUAAGGGAGCCAUUAUUUCAAUUAGUGAGGGUAUUACUACGAUGCAUGCUCUCAGCAGUAUCGAAGACAGAGGUAUCUUGUUUGUAGGAGCACAAGUACAAGUCUACGAAGGUAUGAUUAUUGGUGAACACAGCAAGGCCGGUGACCUCGACGUUAAUCCAGUCAAGACCAAGCAUCUCACCAAUAUGCGUACCACCGUCAAGGAAGAAGGUAUUCGUCUCGCACCACCACGUCCACUAAAGUUGGAAGAAGCCAUCGCUGCCGUUCGUGACGAUGAACUCAUCGAAAUCACCCCAAAGAGCAUUCGUCUUAGAAAGAGAGAAUUGGAAACUGGUAAACGUCUCAAGGCUACCAAAGAUAAAAAGGCUCAUGGUCAACGUGCCUAA